GAACGACUACAGCCGACCGAAAUCAAUGGCGACUUCUGUGAUUGACAGUUCUCCAGCGCUGUCAGAAAAGCAUUCACACUAAAUUCAGACUAACAAAUGGAUAUCACAGUCAAGAUGUAAUCUACCAAAUAUAGAGAUUUUUCAAUGAAACAUGUAACACUCCAUUCUCAAGAAUAACAAUUACAGCAUAAUCAUGGCUGACAUAGAGAUCUAUAGCAGCACGGCUCCAUCCUUUUCCGUGAUAGAGCCAGCUUAUUGGAACUACUCCAAUCAUGUCAACCUCGAUGAUCUUAAGAUGGAUAGUACUUUUAUCUUCCUGCUUUGUUCAUUAGUUUCUGCCAUUUCAUGGGUUGUUUAUAUCGCCUAUUAUAAUAGCCGGGUAAUCGGAUACAUUCUUACCAGACUGCUCAACCGAUUUGUCAUCAGAGAUGGAUAUGUUAAAGUUGGAUCAUUCACCCUGAGUGUAUUAAGCGGAAAAAUAAUGUUCAGGGACAUUGUUUACAUCACAAAUGAUUAUAGUCUACGGAUUCAAGACGGCUGGCUCAUUUUUAGGUGGUGGAGAAGUUACGUUCCAAAAGAUGUUUCUGAAGAUUUGUCUCAUUCUGAUACUCGACUUUCUGUAAUGUUGAAUGGUUUUGAAUUGCACGUUUAUAAUCGCUGUCAACUUUAUGCUCAACUCGAAAAGAUAUUUGGUUUAAAUCCACAAAUGUUUCCUGAUGAGGAAAACCACAAUAUAAAUAUUGACGAGAACGAUAGAGAAUCUAUGAGUAAUGUAGCAAAUGAAACUCGACAACAAAUAAAUGCGAUGGAUGUCACACGGCGAGUUAACAAUAUCAGGAGACAAGAGGCCCAUGUAAUUGCUAGAACUUGGAGGGAUCUCAUACCUGUAAUCAAGUUAGAUGUUUGCACCGGGCGAGUGGUGUUUGGUAAUCGAUUGGUCCCAACAACCUUGUCGAUAACGGUUGAAGAAGCUCACUUUGUGUACUCAACAAAACCAGCAGCAUCUCGGUACGACCACUUUAUGCACUUCACCAAAUGCAAGGCUGAAAACUUUAAAGUUAUUCUGGCGCCUAGCCCCAAGUAUACUGGGAUGGUAGAUGACCCUCCGAGGUACAUGGGAGAAGGAUUCGUUGUGCUCAGUUCGAAUAACAUGGAGCUAUACUACUACAUGGACGAGCCAGGCGUUGUGCCAGAACAUCCAGAAAUGAUUCGACUAGCAAAUGGUGACAUGGUCGAAGCUAUGCCCCCCAUUUGGGGUAUAGAUAUAAAAUGUGGCAAGGGCACAGACUUCAGUUACGGUCCAUGGGCAGAUAGACAAAGAGAACACUUGUUCAGAUUUUUCUUUCCGAAUGAUUAUCAGCCUCUCAAAAUUACGAAAGCACCAAUACCUGGCGAAAAAAGACAAGUUCAGUCAUUCGACAUUCGUUUAUCGACACUGAAUGAAGCCACUAUCGAUAUACUGUUCAGCAAAAAUAAAGAAACUAAUGCGAUUCACAUAAACGUUGCUCCUGGAUCAUAUCUCGAAGUCACCAUGCCUUGGAUAGUGUUACAAGAUGGUUACAGUACAAAGAUAACUGGACAGCUGUUACAUCUUGAGGCAACGACAAGCUUACAGUACAGAAGCCUAGUUGAAAGUGAAACACUGGAGUUUGGUAUAAAGUGUCACUACCCCAUCAGAUGGAAUGACCAUCAGGAAUGGGUACUAAAUCUCACCGGAUGUAAAGCAACUGCUAAUCUGGUUUAUUCGCACAAGGAAUUCUUUCAAGAUAUGAUCAAUGAUUGGGCAAGCAAAGCAAGGCCUGAUCUUUUACACUUUGUACCAUAUACGUGGAAGUUUAGUUUAUUGUUAAAAGAAUUUGAACUAAUAACGAUAAGUAACGAAUACAAUUGGAUCGACUGUUCUUCGCAGAACCAAGAAAAUGCGCGUGUUGCAUUUUGUGGUGAUUUAUUUGACCUUUCGUUCGAUCUACCAUUCGUAGAUUUUCUGCCUGUAACAAUACCAUUGCGAUUUUGGAUUCAAGGUGAAAGCGUAGAUUUGUCUUUCUAUCUACCUGAAGUCAAUACAAAUCGUAGCAUUCUCUUAGCUCUUGAUAAAAAUGCCAAAAUCAUGUCAAGAGAUGGAACUGUUCGUCAAUUAAUGCACAUGAAUACUAACAAAAAGUGGAGAAAUGUCUGUCAAAGAGAAUCUGGUUGGGUUGAUUGCUGGUCUGUGCCCAUUGUAGCGCUGAGUAUAAAUUAUACCUAUCAUCCUUGUCCACCAUUGGGACCAACGCCUCAAGCAAACAUAACUACUCCGGAGAAGGAGGAAAUCUUAUUAUCUCCAAUGAGAAUUCCGAGGUGUAGGAAAUCACCAGGCCUACAAUGGACUCAGGAUGGUUCACAGAAGUUUGAUCCACAAUCCUUAUCUCCAGAUAAGGUUAGCCUGGAGUUGGAAAUAGGUCCUUCGGUUUUAGUUUUAUAUGGUUCACUCAUCAAAAAUUUUGUACAUUUGAAAGAAAAUAUAUUUGGAGAUUAUCAAGCUUUUACGGAUAUGCAACAAAGCCGUAGUUCAUCUGCAACAGCGAGUAACGAACGUAGCAAAGAUAGAGAUGCCCAGAACAACAGCAUCGAGACAUCGGCAGAGGAUGAAGAAGCUAAAUCGAAACCGUUCGACCCCAGAGAUUAUAGACCAAUCGAAGUUACUGUAGGAAUAACUAUGCAUGACAUUCAAGCUCAUCUUGUGAAAAACUGUAACGAGGACGAUCCGCCUUGUCCGGUUAUUCUCUUGGAACGCUUUGGUUUUGAAAUGAAGAAGGGUUACAAGGAAACAGAAUUGCAGUUAUUGCUUUCUCCUGCAAUAAUGUUAUUGGCAGAUAAUGUAACAAGGUCUGGAAGAGAUAAACAUCUCAGUCAAGGGCAUCUUAUGCUAAGUGCCUUGCAAGUCAGAGGACACGCGAUGUUUAGUGACGAGGGUAGGUGCUUGGAUCAAGAAACAUUGGAAUAUGCUUGGUUGAUAGAAGUUCAAUUGGGAAAGUUGAGUGGAAAAAUCAGUUCCCCACAGUUACAUCAUCUUGUAACAUCUUUGGAAACCUUCCUACUAAUGGUGAAAAAUUCAGAGAAUAGUUUAAAACCUCCUGGAUUACCCCAUUUUUGUCAUCACGGUCUACCACCUCUUCAGUGUGCCGAUAGUGAUCCGGACAAUCAUUACCGAUGCCCAAGUUCAGACGACAUAAAGUACAGAAUGACACGAGUAUCUUUAGAUGCUAUAGAUUUGUAUCUACAAGAAUCCGGAACAACCAGUCAAAUUUGGAUAUCGCCAAUUCGUAUAUCGACUUGUAAUCUCCAUGGCCAACAAGUUAAGUCUGGCGUGACUGGGGUCUUACCAGCUAUAUUAAUCCGCCAGUUUAUGUCAGCAGCUGGCCAUUUUGCAAACGCUAGCAACACGAACACAACUGGUAGCGGUCGAUCGCAUAAUAAUGCUAGCAGUCGAAUGUCAGGUGAUGGGUCUGACAUUUGGCUAGAAGUUGGCUCUGUAUCUUUGGGUCCAGUGAUAAUAGAAGCUGCAAUUUCGCUUCCUACACCAGAACACAAUUUACAUAUAAUACAAAAUAAGUAUUUAAAAAUACAUGACGAAAGAACGAAACGAUUAUGGUUUCUGUGGCCUGUAGAGAGUGGUGUGAAAGCUGCUAAAUGUGGUUGCAUCGGUGGCUGUGCCUUUUUUGGAAAUAAUAGAAAUGGACCACGAUUUUUCAAGCCAAGUUAUCACGAUCUGCAAGAUGGCAUUAACGUUGCUGCGUACAGAAUUCAUGAAACUGGUAAAGAAAAAGGAUUUGGGCAAUCCAUAUUGCUUGAUGGCCAACUAGUCUUCCACACUCCUCCGUACAGUCUCCAAGAUGUGUCAUUACAAGACGUUUAUGUUCCAAAUACUGGUCCAAAACUAACCGUCCUUCCCGAUGAUAUUCAAAGUCCUAAGGUAGGAUUUGAAAGAUCAAGAUCAACAAUCGAUCAUAAUAAAGACUCUAGCAAUGAAGGCAAUAGUAGUUCGAAAUUGAGCACUGCUUCCGCUAGUCCGUUGGUUGGAAUGGCUGACAGAAGGCCCUUAGCGCGAAGAUUUUCCUACACAUCUAUGCGGGGACCUAAUAUGAAGGACGUUCCAUACGCACGUCUGGUCGAUGCUAGUCCCACUGCACAACUGCCACAGAAACUUGAUUCCGAUUCGAAGUUAAAUACAGAACGCAGUAAGUCAAUUCUGAGUGUUCCUGAAAUUGAGACUGCUCCAAAAAGUAGUGCCUCAGAUUCCAAACUAGCUGUCGAUUACUUCCAUACGCCAGCAAGAGAGUGUUUACAGCAAAGCAGUAGUCCACAAUCGUUACCAAUAGUUCCAACUGAACAAACGCCGCCGGCUACACAAAAAUUAGUGUACCGGAAAGAAGGUGUCAAUGUUUCUGAAUCUCAUCAUUCGCUUUGUGCGCGAUCUGAUUCCGAAGAACGUUUGAGGCAAGAGGUGCAGCGUACAAUAUCCAUGUCAUCUGAAAACCAUUCUGAAGCAUUCUAUUCUGCUGAUGAGGAUAUUAGCCAUGGAUUGGGAGGAAGUCGAACCUCUAGUCUUCGCCAGUCUAUCGUUGGCUCCGGUUCUGUUUUAAAUCACACGGAUAGUAUGAAAAAAAAAUUCUCCUCUGAUCUAUCAAUUGUCGAAAGUUCCACAAAUGCCAAUCGAACUGUAAUAGAAAAAGCUCAUACUCUAGAAAGGGCCAAGACGCAGAAUUUACAUUCAAAAAGAAGUGCAAAAGUAGAAAGGAAUGCUAGUUUUAGAAGUGAAAUCGACACCACUGAAACUGGGGUUUUACUUGACUCAUCGGAUAGUCACUCUGUAUCUUCGACUAGUUUUAUAUCUGCAAUGUCAUCACAAGAGGAUAUGACAUUAGUUAAUCUACAUAUGCAGGUCAAUAAACCAAUCGUUGACUCUCCACUGUUGAUGUCAAGCUACGUCAGCCACCUUACUCAGGUUCGGUGUUCAAACUGGGUUCAGUCAUCCUUACCUAUUGGUGGGGAUGCUUUCACGACACCUUUAUUCCAACGUGCUGAAGAUGGAAGAUUGGUAUACAUCGGUGGACGUUAUGUACCAAAGUUUGAUACAGUUACCGAAGGCUUCACAUCUUUGAAAAUGAUUACUAGAAGCGACGGAUCACCUACAGCGGGCUCUUCUAAUAAGACACCGACUCACCCUUACCUCUGGGAUAGUUCAACAUUAAUUCAGUCCGAAGGUGACCACGACGAUAUUACACACGACGAAGAUGAGUUAUUAGCCGUCCAACAUGAAACUGGUUCUCGUACAACGGUUAUAGUAAAAUUUAGAGGAGAUAUAGACAUCAUGCUGAGCCCUAUGGUCUUGGAAUCAUUACAACGUUUCAUCGAUGCCAUUACACCAACUUUAACCACGCUACAUCCGUUAACAAUCUUGAACCACCUUCACAACGAAUGUCUCGGACGAGUGGAGGAUGCCAAUAUUUUAAAACAAGAUCAGAGCCUCUCUUAUUGGAGCCAAGUCCAAACAAGUUCUAAGCGAUCAACUGCGGAGAGAAACAUUAAAACCGGUCAAGUACAAGUUGCACUACAAACAAGCGUUUAUGAAGAAAGUAUAACAACCCAGGUACAGGGUACGAUAAUUUUGCCAAAGGUGAAUAUAACGUUAUUACAAGCGUCAGUCGUCGAAGAAAUCAUAUCAUUCUCUGCUCUUGAUAAUAUCAGAGACUUGACCUGUGUCUCUCUUUUUGCUAUUUGCUUUGAUACUGUUACUACGAGAUUUUAUAUCGGAAAGCAAGCGAGAGAAGUAGUACAAACAUUUCACAAGCCAGCGGUAUUACCAAAUCAGAAGAAGGUGAACAAAAUUAGCAAAGCAUUUUUGCCAGCGCAUCAAACUGCAGCUGCUACGGAAAUCAUCGGUGGAGAACCAGUUUACAUUGAAACAUCAGAAAAACAACAAGAGGAAACAAUCGUUACCUUGAAUAUUGGAAAAGUUCACACCCAAUUACGUAGACUUCGGAACGAAUCGUCAAUUUUGAAAGAUGCCGUGAUAACGGCAAUUCCCGCGCAUUAUUCCAAGGUUUUAUUUACUUGCACAAGAAUAACUUCGCCCUUGAAAUGCGUUGAUUACUAUCUGCAUCAACCUGUGGAUGAAAAGGACAAGUAUACCACACAAACUGGCCCGUCACAAGCAACUGAAGAAUUCACGGUGGGCAGCGGGGAAGACAAAUUGGGAUUUAUAAUGUUCGAAUGCGGUUUGGAGGGUAUUUCUUUAAAGUGCGUUAAAAGAUCACAAUUUGAAAAAGGUGACAAUGGUCAUGAAGAGAAGAAGGCGGAGACGGAAAUUUUCUACACCGAUAGCGUUAAGAGCCGUGAAGAAUUAGACAACACAAUUGCAUCAACGUCAGCGACGACAGAAGCGGAUGCCAGUGCGGCAAAUACUUCAAACACCACGCAAAUAAAUCCAAGCGCGACUUGUACCAGUCUAGUUGCCAAAGAUACCAAUGGCAACACGAGUUCAUGUGUCAUAGAAUUGAAAACUGUUUGGUUCAAUUUUGCUGCGCCACCCAGGACUCCCAUAACCAGAAAAAUUGAUUACACCAGACUGGACUGGAAUUUACUAAGUACAGCAUCACCGGCUAUAAACGCAUGGAUGAAUCCUAGCAACAGAUUCGCUAUUAGAGUUGUUCAUAUGGUCAAAAGCAUGUAUCGGAGAUCAACCGCGAUCAUUGCUUGUCUCAUGGCCGAAGCUCUGGACGUUCAGGGUAUUCAUAUGCCGUCCAAAAGUCGAUACGGAAGAUUAACGCCAUUAGCUAAAACGCUACAAGAGGAUCCUUCUUGUCAACUAGGCAGUAUAUUGCAGAAUUAUGUUUUGCUAUCCGAUCUGGCUACAAUUGAAGAAAAUUUGAGAGCAGCUGAUCUGCCGCCUCUAUCGACACUCCGUCAAGGUGUAAUUGUAUUAAGUCGUCAGUGGAAAAAUGUUCUUUACACUCCUCUACUUCUGGAACACAACUAUAAAACAAAGCACGUGAAACCACUGAAUGUCACAUUUGCUGUACCCGAUCCUGAUGAGGAAAAUUUGCUGACGGAUGGGGAAGGUAGUGCAGGAGACGUUGACGAUCAGGAAGUAACAGACGAGUGUGCAAUGCUGAUCCAUGCCGACCACAUACACAAACACGUUCAAAUCAAGAGCAACCAAGAUAAAAGUCCAGGUAUUUGUGGAGAUGGUUUGACGGUUCCUGUAAGUUCUCCUCGUGGGAGAGAUACUACUCCUUUGCCAACACCAGUUCCUGGUCCGGAUUCACUCACCUCUCCCUCUCCGCCGAUAGCUCCGCCUAGGAGAGGGAAAUCAUUGCAACCUACACAAGUACCCGCAAGCACGCGAGCAAGUAUUGUCUUUCCAUUACUUGCCAGUGGCGGGCUGUUUCAUCCGCCACGAGAACCUAACAAUAUUAGUUACGGUACUUUGCGUGAAGAAAAAUCACCACAAAUUCAAGUUUCACAUUCUCAUCAACUUGGUUCGAAUCCGAGUAUCUACUCGGGUGGUGCCGGUCAUGGAAGUCAGCAUAGUAUCGGCAGCGUGGAUCAAAUUACUUCCCCUUCUGGUCAUCAUACCAAUAGACCUGUCAGUGCUGGGGAAGAUCUGUAUAGCUGGAUGGCUAAACAGCAAGAUUUUAUAAAAGAUAAUGAGAAAGGAAAUCUCAAAGGAAAUUGGGUCUUUCGUACAGAGCAGAAAUCGAUGAAGGAUUCUAAGAUUAAUACAAUGACGACUGAAGACACUGAAGAUUCUGAUGCUCACAGUGGCGCUUAUCUCUAUCCGAUGAAAGAUUCACUUCGUCUUUUAGAUGCACAUCUCAUUUUUGAACCCCUCUUGUCUUCUUUGUCUGUAAUGCCUCAACAAAUGCUAUCAGCAAUCGGUUCUGGAAAUACAAAUAAUGUUUCAUCGCUGGAAUCGCUUGGAACGAAUUUGUCACUGGUUGGUAGUAUGGAUACUAUGCGCAUAGACAUAGUGGUCAGUGAGUUUGGAAAAAUGUCCGAGAAAAAAAGAGGGAAUAAAAUUCCAGGUAAAAAAAUACCUGGUACAAAAUUCUAUCUCGAUAUACCACCAGAGACUCCUGCUUUUGUAUGCGAAAAAAUUGGAAUUGAUAUUGAUAUCAAAGAAAUGGCUGAUAUGACUGUCGAUGAUAUGAUACAAAAGCAAAAUGUGUUGUACAUCUCCAGAGGGCAGCUCAAAAAACAUACAAGCAAAGUAGUGAAUUUCAGUUUAAAUAUUCGGUAUAUCAGUCAACAAGUUAACAUGCCAUUGUUGAGACUGCUUCAUCAAAUCAGCAAUAUGUAUCAAAACGUGAAAGAAACUCAGAUGGAAUUGAAAGAGCAACAACCUGAGACAAAGAGAAUGGCCAAUUCAAUGAUCAUUGAAACUGCAACUAAAAAUGGCUCGUCGUCAGCUUCUGAACUACAAGAUCAGUUUUUACCUGGCAUUAAGAGAACGGACGAAAAUUUGCUGGGUAUCAGUCUAGAUAUUAGUCAGCCAAAAGUAAUUUCUCCUUCUGCCAGUAUGAGGUCCCGUCCACAAAGUUUUGCGCAGAAGUUGCGGAGUACUGGGAAAAGUGUGAAAGGCUAUAUUAAUUUAAGCGAGGGUGUGAUCACCCCAAAUUUUGGAGCCAGUCCUAGUGGCUCGGGCUUGGACAAGACCAGUGUGUUGUCGGAUAAAUCUAAAGAUAACUCGAACCUGACACCCAAAUGCUGGAAAACUAUAUAUUACCUGUUGGACUUGUAUGCCACACGGCCGGAAACCAAGACGAUUACUCACAGGUUUUCCAUACCCGCCGAUGCUGCAGAUCACCACAAGGGUAGUCGGAAAGGGGAGAAUUUGAAUGAAACAAAAGACGGUGAUGUUGAAAAAGGAAUAAGUACAGAGCCUAGUUCCACGCCGAUUCCACAGCCUAAGGAACUGAGUCUCGUCACCGGCGAACGUACAAGAUUAAUAAUAUUUGGAGUUGCCAGAAUACAUAGGACCAGAUUACUCGCUACUUUGAGUGGCUUGAAACUUGAAGCAGAAAUAACAAGUUUGCACGCCAGUUUGACUCGGCGUAAGAAAUCCAGACCCGCUAGUCUCGAAUGUAGUUUGACCGGGCAGAUUGGUAGAACUAUGAUCGUAUUAUUGGAAGGUGUAGCUCCGAAUCAACAAACUGUUGUAAAAGUAACUGUCGGAAAGUCACAAGCCUUAUACUCGAGUAUCACAAGACGACAAAAAGAUAAAAACAGUGGCUUUCUCACUGUCGGAGCUGUUAAUAUCGACAUACCCCAACAUCCGGUAGCUCUACACGGCAUGAUGACAAGAGGCAGCAAGCAACUAUCGUCCACAUUACAGGAAUUGAGAGUGACGAGAACCUCAUCCAGAUUAUCUCGAGGUCAACAACCUGAGGAAACUGACGGUGCUUCAGGAAGUCCCCAUCACUAUCCGCCUGCGCCCACAAUUGAUAUAGAAAAGCCUCGUCCAGGAUCCAGUUUACUGGAACCCAUCGUCAUGCAAUUCAAUAUAAUUUUACAAAGCCUAAGCAUAACUGCGGCACUACUGCCUUCUCUACAAGCCCAGUAUAAGAUGGACCAAGUUAAUAGUUCCGGUAUAACAGGAAGCAAAGCUAAAUUUACAAUAGAUUUACCUCAUCAUAGCCUUAGUUUUACAACAAAACUGCAAGUAACGGAAGCGAACCUUCCAUCUGAAGCAAGCAUCGAACUACCCAAAGUACAUGUAUCCGCCGAAUACAUUCAAGAUGGCAGUAGUAAUCUGAACGAUAGUAAAAUUGCCGAUGGCGUUGUUCUCAGACAGGGUAGCUACCUCAGUGCAACCGCAGACAUCGGAGUAUUCGAGCACUCUUUAACAACUGAUUUGUUGAAUCAUUUGGUGUUUGUCCAAAAAGUCUUCAUGAAAGAGGUCAACGAAGUCGUUCAAAAAGUUUACGGUGGUGAAAAGCCUGUACCUUUGUGGUUCGAGGAUGAGGAACCGAGCAGCACAAGUUUGAAGAGAAUUUUAUUUUCAUUGGUGAUUCGGAUAAAGCGCAUUCAACUCACGGCUACCACACCCACGAAUUCCGCAGUACGUUUGGAAACCGGCGCUGUAGAAUUUCAACUGUCGAACAGAGUUCAAAAUGUUUCGGGGUCCACGCAACCGAAUCCGUACAUGAAACUAUUUGGUAAAGCGCAAGUUGAUAUUAAUCUGAGUCUGGGUCAGCUGUUGAAAAACGUUAUGUUCGAAGAGGCCGAACCAGAAUUCCAACAAUUCGCAUUUUUUAAUACACGGGUGGGUCUUCGAAACGCGUUCCAAGAGGAAAUGGCCCAAGGUGAAGACAAGGAAGUAGUUCUAAUUACAUUGAAGCGUCCAUUGAUCUAUAUUCAACCAAUGGCCGUUGACAAAGCUAUUCUUGUCUGGUUAAAUUACAAAAAUGCGUAUGAAUAUUGGAACGAGAAACGAGCCAAUUUGAACAAGGAAGUGCUAACGGCGACCCAACAAGUUUUUGAAAAGGUGCCAUUUGGGCAAAUAACUAGUCAAUUAAGCGCUCCCCAUUUGGGAACAUUGUUUCUUCAACUGACCGUCGAUGACAUGGGAAUUUGUGUACCUUUGAAUCCACUCCCCCCCAAUAAUUGGGGUCUAAGCAGAGGGCUGUACGAGGGAGAGUCUCGAGGAGCGGUUGUUGUAACACUUGAAAGCACAAGUAUAUCCGCUUGCAGCAGUGGUAGCCUCGUUAGUAAAGGAAGGUUUGUCGGUUUAUGUUUGAGAUUUGCAGAAGAUUUUGAAACUUCUUUGGAUGAUUGGAAGCCAGAUAUGACUGACAAUAGUAUAAUGAACUUGUGCGUAGUAUCGGAAGGGACGUACGAAGUAUGUAGCAGAACCAUAGCGCAAAAACAAGAUAAAUCUGAUAAUGCAAAGUGGCUGCUGAAUGUACAGUGGCAAAUGGAAGGUGUUGAUAUUCACCUUGAUGUUAGUGUGGGGAAACAGCUUUCCGCAUUGGGUCAUACUUUAACGAUGCUUACUGGCUCCGAAGAAGAUGAUAAUCAUAUAAAUGCUGAUUUUGACAGUGAUGAUGGAGAUGAACAAGAAAAUAGCACAAGCCAGGUUAAAAAAAAAGAAAGUAUUUUGAUCAAGAAAUCAAAAAAUUGGACCGAUAGUCUGCCAGCGUUUGUCUAUGAUCCUUCUCUCGAUGCUAAGAAACGUUCGAAAUUGAUAGAAAAAGAAAUGAAUGAACAAGCAAAAAUAAUAAACGAUUUACGAUCGUUAGGUGCUUCUCAUGGCACUAUCGAACAAGAAAUGAACCGACUUAAGGAAUUGGAAGUGAUGGUCUUCAAGGAUUUUCGAAGAGACAUGAUACAGAAGUUACGAAGACAGUCAGUGAAAGCCUCGGGGAUAAAGGGCAAAUUAGGACUUGGCAGCAAAACAAAUGCCUAUCGCUCUCGAUCGUUCAUCGUUCCAUCACCUACACCCGAAUACCAACUCGAGAGCCCUGAAGACUUAAAUGCAGAUUUGAACUCUGCUAACUCUGCGAGUUUCGAAAGUAGUCCCAGAAGUGGUCCGAGCAGGAUUCAUCAUUCAUUUCCCAGAUCUGCUUCAUUGAGAGUCAGAGGUCUGGGUGGUCCAAGGGUUACUUUCAGUGACACUCAUACAAUGUGCAGACAGUCGUCACUACCUAGCGCUGGUUCAGAGUUGAGUUUACCGGAAGGAGAUCUAGAGUGGCCUGAGUCGAUUGAAAUUGAGGGCGAGCAGGUGGAAUUGAGAAAAAAACACAGAGAUACUAGUUGUGCUUCUAGUUACGACAGUAUGGAAGGAAGCGCACCUUUACUUGACUCUUAUGUGAGAGAACAAAUAUCGUCAACUUCCUCGCCACAUGUAAUGUCCCAAAAACCACAAGAGCCUAAUAUAGAUUUUGAACUUGACGUCAAGGUACUCAUUAACAGUGGGAAAUGUGUUCUCCACACAAAAGACCCGGCGAGAGAUGACGAGUUGAAGUUAUUAAGCAGAAUGAAAAAAGAGAGGUCUUGUUCGGGAGGUACUUUCGAAUUCCAGCCAAGUAGCCCCAGUAGUAGUAGGAGACAUCUGAACAGCAAAGAAAAAUCAUCUGCUUCUAGCGCGUCGCGAUUGAGAUAUCUACAACACGCCAGUGUGCCAUUAGUUGAUUUGACCAUAUUUCACAUACCAGGAUUGGACGUAAAGGUACAUUAUGUGUCGAAAACCCUUUCCGAAGAAACCAUUUGGCCUCGAUCAUCAACUGACGGCAACCUACUGAAUCCAUCAUCGACUACGACUUUCCGAAGAUCAGGCACUAAAAAAGCAAGUCUUUUUGCUUGGACGACGCUUCAAAGCAUUCCUGAAGAAACUAUCAUAAGUCCACAUAUACUAGAAUUCCUAGAGCAAACCUUGGAGCCGAUUCCAAGUAAGACGAGCUUUAGCUCAGGAGGACAAACAAAUACAGUGUUCACUACGGCAAACACAGAGACUUCUUCAUGGGCUGCAACUGCUGCCGGUGGAAAUUAUGUUUACGCUAGUUUCCCCGUCGAUGUUAUUGUUUACUUCCAUAUGCAGCCCUCUACAUUUAGAUUUUCAUGUUUGCCAGUAUCACGUGUGGAAUGUAUGCUUCAACUACCUUCCCUCGACAUUGUAUUUUCAUCUAAACGUGCAGAAGAAGAAUUGACAGAAUUUAGAGAAUAUAAACCUACGUCAUCGCACACAGUGGGAAAAGAUAGUGGUUCGGCCAUCGGUGGUUUAUCAGUUACUGGUUGCCUCGCCGAUUUUUCCGUUUACAUAUUUCAUCCCUAUGGUGGCGGUAAAAAAUCAGCACUUAAAGAAGCUCAAUGGUCCCCAUUAUCGGACAGCGAAAGAAAAGAUUCAUUGAGCAUCAACGUUGAAUUUGUAAAAUUUCAUUUGUCGAGAAGUCGAAAACUAAAUUUUCAAAAUGAACAAACUAAGAAGGGGGAUACCAGCAGAGCUGUGAUACGAUUCUCGACUAUUGCUGAUAUUGGAUCAGCUUCGUUUAAAUACGACAUGAGGCGUUUGACUGAAAUCUUAGCGUUUCCAAAAGCGUGGUAUCGACGUAGCAUUGUCAGGCGGCUAUUCCUUGGUGACCUCAGUACAGUUUCCGCAUAUCCGGAAGGUGACGACAGUCCUCCACUCAAUCAAGAAGAGGCAGUAAUGGGCAGUUCACUAUUACGCCACUACGAGAGGCACCCGGGUGAUACCUUAUCAAGAUCAGCUCCUGAACGAAGUCCUACAUUAAAUAGGGAUAAGUUGAGAUUGAGCUUAGAAACUGACAUGCCCAGGCAUUCCAGAUUAAAAGAUAUCGGCAGAGGUUGGAGUUUCAACUCUGAAAAACAAACCCCUACUGAAGUAAAGUUACGGGAAUCUGCCUGGGAAACACUGGUACUUUUUGCGGUCAAUUCAACUAAAUUAAAUGUUCAUAUGAACAUGGGAAAUGUCAUGGGCAAUGUGAUGUGGAUGAUCAAAGAUUUUCGGAGUGAUGGACGCCUAUCCAUAGGCAGCAUCGGACAUAAAAAUCUAUACAUCGGUGUUGGAUUAGGAGGAUCCAGCUUAGAUGCAAAAGGUGGAAUCGUUGGUGGCACCAUCGAACUUAGCAAAAUUGACACUUACAUUCAUGUCUGUGAAGAACCAGGUACGGAGCCUGAUCAUACGAUGGGUUUGAAAUUGUUCGCUCUAGAAUUGCGCUUAGACUAUAUGGGAACGAGUGUACUAAUGUCAAGAGUAUCAUCUUUAGAUGUAACACUCAGAGAUGAGUGGAAAAUCAAUCGAACAAAUAGCGGUGAUGCUUUCAUGCCUACAAGAAGACCAGCCAUAAUUUUUAUGCACGGAGACCUUGGCUGGGAUCAGCUCCAAAUAAUGAUAAGUAAAUCCACGACUGCAGAUUUAUUAAAAAUGUUCUACAAGUUGGACGAAUUUUUUAGCCAACAAUUUAAGAGCAGUAAAAGAGUUUUUAGCUCACUGCAGCCAAGACAUCAAAGAAUGAAUAAUAGCAGUUUUAAGCGGAAACAACCAAAAAAGAAAUCUACUAUGGAAGGUCCAUGGACGUUGAACCAAAUAGCAGUUUCCGAUGCGCGACAUCAUCGGCAUUGGCAACGUGUAUUAUCUCAAGUAGCUGGUCUGCAGUUAGGAACCCUGCGGUUCUCGUUACCAUUGAAUGGUACCGUUCUAGGUGGAACAAUGGAAUUACAUGGCUGCAAUAUCAGUUUAGCUUGCUUCCAUGGCAUCAACUUCAAGAGUAAAAGUUGGGCAUUGUUCUCCAUGAAAGAACCUUGUAUCAGUUUUGCUACCGAAGCACAAGAAAUACCAAAUGUCGAGUCACCGGAUCUGUGCGAUGUGCACGUUGUGCAAACGUUAACUAUAAGCCUCGGCCAACAACAGCAGGAACAACACGCUAGACAUCAUUCUAUGGCUACGGUAUGCAGGCUCAGUCGCAGCGUCUUGUUUCCUCCGCAAUUUAAAUCUUUGCAAGAGUGGUUCCAUUACGCAUUUGCAAAUAGCGAAAUAGACGGUGUAGACAGAUUUCCGUCGGUGGAAAGGGAAAGAACAGACAGCACUUCGGAAGGGAGUAAUGCGGCUAGGGGAAGGAGUACAUCCACUACUUCUGGAAAAAUGCAAGAGCAUUCUCAUACUCGCGAAGUUAUAUUUGCCUUACCUUCGUUACAACUGCAUCUCAAGACUGAGCAUUUGCAAAGUGCGAGGACCCCGGAUGUAGUUGGGCUACCUAAGCAUAUUUUGUAUAGUGAAAAACCGUUGGUUGAAUGUAGUUUCAUCACUGAAUUCGAGGACCACAUAUUUGUUACCGUCGACGCUGAAGCCUUCUUCUUUCUGCAUGAUCUUAUUACUUCUUACGUUAAGGAAAAGGAGAGAGUGCAUGCUAUGCAGGGUUCAGGUGCUCGAGCUCACAGUCCAGAUCUACCGGAGAGGAGGAGUACGAACAUAAGUUCGUCGAGUACUUCGACCACGUCAUCGAUAUCUAACGAGGAUGAACGUAAACGGAAACAAUUCGAUCCCGCGGAAAUGUUCAUCAAGGAUUGGAGAUCAUAUAGAUGUAAAACGUGGCAUUUGGAACCUACCGUUAGGUUGCUAUCAUGGGCGGGUAAAAGCAUAGAGCCCUAUGGUAUCGAUUACAUACUACAAAAAUUGGGAUUUGCUCACGCCCGAACUACAAUUCCAAAGUGGAUUCAACGCGGCUUUAUGGAUCCAUUGGAUAAGGUUCUGGCUGUAUUUAUGAUAAGAAUGGUAUUAGCCGUUCGAGAAGACAUGCCGGAUGAAAAAGAUCGUAAAAAAGAUAAGUGAAUUUAGACUUGAAUGGUUAUUCCUGGUCUUGGACACAGUCACAAGAAAAGUUCAUCUCUAUCACCGAAAGUUCAGUUCUCUCUAACGACCGAUGAGAGGUCGAAUACGAGCAAUGUAAAAUAUUUAUACGCCUCUGCGUGCUCAGCUUUAACAGAGAACCUAAUCAAAUUCUACGUGUAUAUUAGAUUUUUAAUAGUUGAAAAAUAUUAUCUGAAAAAGGUAAGUUAGUGAAACAUAAUUGUAAAGUCAAAGAUGUGAAUGUGUGUAUCGGUGAUUGUGAAAUCUUUUCUUCUCCGUACUUUUACUUACUCUUAUGGAAUUGAUUCGUUGUUAGUAUCCUAUAACAUAUGUAUGCGGUUGUAUAUAAUACGUAACCUCCUGAGUAAAAGUAUUACGAUUGACGUACAAAAGAACGAUCAAUAAAUACUUGAAUUUACACGUAUAAAUAUAAACUAGAUAAUAUUUAAUAUGAGUGGUUGUAGAGCCAGCAAUAAUCUUUUUUUUUAUAUAAUACAAAGUCUGAUGGUUUAUAAUAAUCUUUAUAAUAUUAUAUAGGUCACAUUAUACAUAUCUGAUUGCAGAUAAGUUGACUAAAAUUUUGUUUGGGUUACUUUUAAAUCAAGCUAAAAGCGACGCACGUAGGAUAUGGAAUUUCAACGUUAAUGUAUUCCAAAAUAAAUGAACCAAAUUAUAUUUUCAUUUGCUCACACUGAUAUCAGUAUUUGUCAUAAGAAAGUCGAACAAAAUUCUCAACCAUUUUAGAGACGAACAAAAUAUGUAUACCUAGCUACACCCGUGUAAACGAUGACUCAACGAAUCUGCAUACUGUGCUUUAUUCCCUUGUCGUUAUUGUUGCAGCACAGUAUCAUAAAAGACAUAGACGAAAUUGGAAAUAAAAAGAACCCCAUUUGAUCCCGUUUCUGUUAUGCUCUGAGAGAAGGAAAAUUAAAAUAAUACCGUUUUGUGUAUAAAUGAUAGAAAAUUAGGUAGAUUCUAAUGCGAAAAGCACGCGUGUACGAGGCUCAUGCAUUUAAUAACGAUGAUUCCAUCCACGUACCAUUGAAAUUUGUAAGCUCUUUGGUUUUAUCGAUCAUUGCGAGCCAAUGAAAUCACCAAGUACACAGAUCAUCACUGUAGACUUUUAAAUACAUCUGUCAUAAUAUCGUUGAAAUACUUACGUAUUUUUCAUUGUACAUUAAUCAAAGGAUUACUCAUGUGGUUCUUUUUUAUUUUAUAAUUAUCGUGUUAUGUACAAAAUGUAAAUUUGCACUUAUUUAUAAAUUUGUAACAUGUAUAAAAAGUCAUAAUUAUUUAUUGUUAUUGUUGUAAUGACAAUAGUGAAAUUAAUAAAUGGACAUAUUGUAUAA